AUGACCCCCUUCAACGGCCAUAAGAUUGGACACUUGGUGCACAUCAAGCACCUGAAGGAGCUGACUCUAAUCUCCAAACGGUUCAUAGAGGACGACAUUGAGAAUUUCCUCUUGUCCAUUGGUGCCUUGGCCUCGAUCAAGUUCAUAAACUUCCAAGUGAAUGAAUGGGGAAGGUACUGCGAUCACAAUUACAAAGCAGCAAAGACCAGCACAACAAUCCUACUCCAACAACAACUUGGGACCAAUGCCGACCCCGGCUGCAAUAUCGAUGCAAUGACAUUUAGAUAUCGCACCAAAUCCUUGAAGGAGCGGCCUCUGGACGACGACGAUGAAGAUGAGAUCAUCGAGGACUUUUGGAACGGUGACCAAGAGUUUGAACCAUACGAAGAAGGAGAUCUGAACGAUAUGAUAGACUCGGACGUGACAACCUAUGAUUAUGAUGACGACGAUGAUUAUAUCAACAGCGAGUCCCAUCCAGAAAUGGAUGAUGAGGAGUAA